GUCUGAUUUCCUGGGUACGACCAACGGUCCUUACAUAGGAAGAGGUGUCCCGGCAGCGCCUCCCCAUACACGCUGUAGACCCAUCCACGCUGUAGAGAUAUGCUACCCUUAAAAAGCUCGGACCAACAGACCAUCUCUUCAACUCUGGCCUUCAUGCAGCUGUUCAAUCAACACUGACGACAGACACCUACCCACGUAGUCGAAACCAUUCACAUCAGCCCUGCCACAUGUUCUCACUUAUCCCAGCACAGGAUAACCAGAAUUGUACCAAGCUUAGCACCCGAUCACAGUCCAUACCCUCUAUCGCAAUGAAUCCAAGAGACAUAGAAACAAACACUGCCUCAAGCUCUUCCAAGACAGCAACUCGAAUACCACAAGCACUUGCACUUUUGAAAUAUGCUUCCUCGACAUCAACACCUUUUCUCUACCCGUCCCAAGUCCCACACAAUAUAUCCACUCAUUCAUCUUCAUCUCAAUCCAUGGAACAAUGCUGCCUAAACUCUGGAUGGAUCGAUCAAACGCCCCACAAUUUCCAUAGUAUGGAUACCUCCAAACACCUCCAGCGUGGAUCAUCCACACCGUCUUUUCGCCUUGACUUCUCCCCCCCCCUCUCUCCGUUAUUCUCUAGAUGUGUAUGGAGUAAAGUCUCGGUGGAUCCGGACAUAUCCUUCUUCAGGGAGUUGUCCCGACAUGGGUAUAUACGUUUCUCCAAACGUGAAACUUCUCUACUGAUGGGAAUGAUUGACUUACAAAUAUUCCAGAAUAUUAUUUAUGUAGCUCAACUAUAUCCUCGAGAAUAAUAGAGUAUGUGAUGAACUGAUCGCUUGAUUGUGGUAUCAGAGUGGUUUAUCUUGAGGAUAUCCAUGCCAGGAAUGGUUUGCUGAACUCAUAUUCUGAAGAGCUAUAGGAUUUACCACGUAUGUGAAG